CUCUACUUUAUUUUUCAGUGAUUGGCCAGGUAAAAAUGUCCAAAACAAGGAACUUUACCCUAACCCCCUGUGUCAAACUGUUAGCUUGAGGCAUUGCUAAAACGAAGCACACCGACAGGACAACCAGCUGUAGGUAAAUGAAUGUUUCUCUUUCUGUUGACUUGUCUGUCGAGCACAAAAUUACAGCUUCACGUCUCGGCACGAGCUUUUAUCAUCAAUCAUCUCCAAUCAAAUGCUGAUCCGGCGUUUUGCGCAUUGCUGAUUGGUUGAUUUACGGGGAGGGCGGGCGCAUUCCUGUUAUGUGCGAUGCAGCAGUGACUUCAGUAUUUGACUGUGAGUAGCUAAUGGGACAGACGAGACACUCACCUGAUACAGGACUGUCCCCCACAGUGUUCAUCUUUAAACAGAAGAUUUCAAACCAUUAUGAAGAGUUUGAAGGCAAAGUUUAAAAAGACUGAGAGUCAGGACUGGAAUAAGAGUGAUGAGAGGCUCCUGCAGGCUGUGGAGCAGAAUGAGCCUGACAAAGUUAUGGCUCUCCUCAUCAAAAAAGGUCUCUGUCCUACUAAACUGGAUGCUGAGGGCAAGUCAGCGUUCCACCUUUGUGCAUCCCGAGGCCGGCUAGACUGUCUGGAGGUCAUCAUCGCUCAAGGAGCAGAUGUGAACGUCACUGAUGGUGCUGGCUUCAGCGCUCUGCACCUCGCAGAAAACAGCCAAUCAGAGUGUUUGAAGAGACUCUUACAGGAAGGAUUAACAGUGGAUUGCACUGAUAGCAUUGGUAGGACAGCGCUUCAUCAUGCAGCAGUCAGUGGCUGCUUAUCUUGCACUGAGACCCUGUGGGACUUUAAAGCUAGUCUGGAUGUCCAGGAUGAGGACGGGGCCACUCCUCUGAUCCUUGCAGCACAGAUGAGCAGAGUGGAGCUUUGUGCUUUUCUGCUGGGCCGAGGCGCCGAUGCAAACAUUCAAGACAACCAGGAAAGGUCUGCAUUGAUGCUGGCGUGUGAGAGCGACAGUAUGGAGACCGUAGAAGCUCUACUGAGAGGUGGAGCCAACACACAGCUUGCAGACGCUCUUGGACAUAAGGCCAUGGACUAUAGCAUAACUACAGGCAACCAAAGCAUCAUUCAUAUGUUGGAGAAUGGAGUCCCUCCAGCUGCUGAGGGCGCAGCCGAAGAGCCUCCCCAAAUCCCCUCAGGUGCCUCAUCAGUGCAAGGGGGAACAACCCCCCGCAAAAGGAAAGCUCCUCCACCGCCCCGCUCUCCUCUGCAGAUCCCAACUUUGCCUCCCACUCCACGGCCAAGGAGUCCUGCUCCAUCUGCCCAGUCCCCUGAGCCCCUGUCUCAGUCCCCUUCUCCACAGCCUCCAGAAACACAGCAGCCAGCCCAGCCAGAGGAUGAGGAGGUGUUUGAGGAAAUCAGGCGGCUGCGUCUGGAGAGAGGCCGUCUGCUCCAGAAGAUCAAAGCGCUGGAGCAGCAGCAACAGAGUGCCAUCUCUGCCUUAGAGGAGUUGUCUCAACUCAAGGAGCGUCUAGCAGAGGCAGAGGCAGACAGAGACAAGCUCAUUGAAGAGCUGAAGGGAGGCCAUGGCAUUGGGGCAAGCGACUCUGAAGACAUGGAUGAAAUGUUGGACUUCCCAGAGAAGCUGCUCUCCAAGCGCUCCAGAGCCUCUCCUUCCCCUGAUGAGGCCACUUGUGAAGCGGACACUGACUCAGCCCAGCCCCGCCUUUCCUCUGCAGACCCAGGAACUGUUGCUGAGCUGCGCAAACAAAUAGAGGAACUUGCCUCACAAAACUCUGAACUGGUUCUCAAAGUGCAGAUGCUAGAGAUGUUUGAGAAGGAUGACACAGACAUGCAGACCUCCAGCUCGGACUCUGUGCCCCUCAUCCAGUACGAGACCCUGAGGAAAGAGUUUGAAGCUGUCCAGGAGCGCCUCUCUCAGGCCCGGGCUUCAGAAGAAGCAUCCAGUGUGGCUGAGGAGUGUGUUGAUGCAAAGUCUCAGGGAGCUGGUGCAGAUGCAGAGAGUACGGAAGCUCUAAAGGAGAAGCUUCGUGGACUGACGGAGCAGUUUGCCUCCUCCCAGUCCGAGUUGGAGGAGCUGAAGGAGCAGAUGCGCCUUGGGGUGCUUUCUGUGGAGUGUGGUGAGGGGGAUAGUGGAACAGCAGGUGGUGGGACUGAAGGGGCCGCAUUGGAGAGACCUAGCCAAGAAGCACAGCAGCUGAGAGCGAGGGUGACCGAGCUGGAGGAGGAGCUAGCUAAUAGACAGGGCGAGGCAGCAGGCCAGAGCAGCCAGGACAGUGAAAUCAAACAGCUGACAGAGAAAGUAAAGGAACUCAAGGCUGCUCUGGUCCAGAGAGAGUCCACAAAACAAAAAGAGGAGAAAGACAAAGACGAAGAAGAGAAUGAAUCAGUGAAGCUCCUUAGGGCAAAAGUGGUCAACCUGGAGGCAAACCUGGCGGAGAGCAGGACAACAGGGAAAGAGGGAGGAGCAGCAGGAGAAGGAGACCAGGUCCGCCGUCUGCAGGAGCGACUGGGAGAGCUUGAGGGCCAGCUGAGAAAGAGUGUGCGCUCCGAGCUGGAGGAAGUGCAGGUGGCUCUUGGGCUCCAGUGCGAGCAGCUGGCCAGGGAGCGGGCAGACGUGGCUAGAAGACUUAACAAUGCCCUCCUGGAUCUAGAGAGACUCAGGCCUCCUCCACCUGGAGUUGAAGAAGAGGAGGAUGAAGAGGAAGAGCAUUCAGAGAGUUCAGAGCCCUCAGUCAUAACAGAUCACUCCAGACGCUCCCUGGCAGCAGUGAGAGAAGAACUAGAGGUGGCGAGGCAGGAGGCAGCCCAGGCCCUGGACUGUCUGUGUGCUGAGCGCGAGGGCCGGGCACAAGACGCUCUGCAGCUGAAAGAUGCAGUGCCUCUGUCAAAGCAUAGGGAGGCGCUGUCCGCAGUGUCAGAACAGUUGGCUCAAACUCUGCAGGAGCUUCAGGAGGAGAAGACCCAGCGUGAUCAGGCUGAGGAGCAGGCUACAGGAUUAGAGAGCCAACUGCAGACCAUGCAGGAUGCUGUAUCGAAAGAGGAACACGAGAAAGUCAAGACAGAGCUCCAGCGCUCCCUGCAGGCCAGUGAAAGCAGUGCAGCAGCAGCUCAGGAGGCUCUGAGUGAGAAGGAGAUGGAGCUGCGAGAGCUGAAGUCUCAGAAGGCUGCUGAACAGGGUCUGAUCUCUAAGGAGGACCACGAAGCCCAACGGCUCUCAUUGCAGGCGGAGAUCAAUGCCCUCACAGCCCGUUUUAACGACCUCACUCGCAAACAUGAGAAGACCUGCACUGAGGUGUUCCAGGUGCAGAGGGAGGCCCUCUUUAACAAGAGUGAGCGGCAGGUUGCAGAGUCCCAGCUGGCCACUGUGCAGCAGCAACUUUCCGAGUUACAGGCCAAAUCCAGCCACAUCCAGGAGCUUCACAAAAGCAUCCAGGAAUCUCAGGGCUUGGUGAAGGAGAAGGAUCGUAAGAUAACAGAGCUGUCUAAGGAGGUGUUUCCUAAGGAGGCCCUAGGAGCUCUGUCGCCUCCUCUGGGCAUCACCUCCUCCUCCUCCUCCUCCUCACCCACUCAUCAUGGUAACCCUGGGCAGCAAGUGGCACUGCAGAACAGGAUCGCCAUACUCACAUCAGCCUUGCAGGACUGGGAAAGGAAGCACAAACAAGUGGUGACUAUAUACCGUUCCCAUUUACUGGCAGCUGUGCAGGGUCGAAUGGAUGAGGAGGUGCAGGGCCUGCUACUCCAAAUCCUGAGGAUGUCACAACCUGGGCACUGACACUAAAACACCUGAAAUCGCUUCUUCAUAUCCAGUCCCUGUACAGAUCAAUGUUCAGCAGCCUGCAGGAUGAACAUUAUUGAGACAUUUUCCAGAAAGCCAAAUAACAAAUGAUCUGUAAGAUGCAGCUGCAUGUGUACAGUACAGUAACAUAAUUAACGGCCUUAAGGCUCGAGUGAUAAACCAAACUGUGUAAAAGUUUAGGUGCCUUCAUGGCUGGGUAAGUGAAACAACUGCAGCCUGUGAGUCAGGAGUGAGUGGUUGUGGUAGGAUGUGAUAGAAGUUGAUAUUUAUAAGACAGAACUGAUUGUGUGACUGAUGAAGUCUAUUGUUUUAUCAUAUUGUCUUAAUAAAAAGAAGAACAAAUUGUUCUGUUGAUCUUGA